GUCAAACAAAGAUGAUAAACACAUGACAGCAUGAUUGAAAUGUUAAAGGGGGGCUGAAAUGCUCGUUUUCACUCAAUAUCCUGUUAAUCUUGAGUACCUAUAGAGUAGUACUGCAUCCUUCAUAACUCCAAAAAGUCUUUAGUUUUAUUAUAUUCAUAAGAGAAAGAUAGUCUGUACCGAUUUUUCCCAGAAAAAUACCACAGCCUAGAGGCGUGACGUGUGGGCGGAGCUAAAGAAUCACGAGCGCCAGUAGGCUUUUGCGUUGAGAGCGUUUGGAAGCUGUGACACAGAUCCAGAGGCUGAAAUUUAACAAGAGCAGCAUCAGCAACAACGUCUCUAUGUGAUUGUCCGCACACAGAGAAACAAACACUGGUGAAACAGCUGAGAUUCAUGACACACGGUUAUAAAGAUGGCCUUUAUUAAAGAGGAGACUGAAGAAGUGAAGAUUGAAGAAACAUUGAGUCUGAAACAAGAAGAUACUGAGGAACAAACAGACCUGAUGCCACUGAAAGAGGAGAGUCAAGAAGUGAAUGUAAAGAAAGAACACAAUCUGUAUGAAAAUUUUGAUUUCACAACUGGAGAAAAAACUUCUGGUUGCUCACUGACUGAAAAGACAUCCACACAAAAUAGAAGUCGCUCCUGCAUUCAGUGUGGAAAGUUUUUCUCUAGUCAUACGUACCUUGAUGUCCAUAUGAGAAUUCACAAAGGAGAGAAGCCUUUUACAUGCAAACAGUGUGGAAGGAGUUUCACUGCCAAAGGAAGCCUAAACAGGCACAUGAGCAUUCACACCAGAGAAAAGCAGUUCACCUGCAAACAAUGUGGAAAACAUUUCUCUAAAAAGGGUCAUCUUAAAGAUCACAUGAGUGUUCACACUGCAAAGAGACCUUUCAUCUGCUCUCAAUGUGGUAAAGGUUUCUAUCAAAGAAAAAUACUUGAAAAACAUGAGACAUUAUACUGUAGACAGAAGCCUUACAUAUGUCCAUACUGUGAAAAGAGUUUUAGACAUAAAGCAAAACUGAACACCCAUUUGAGAACCCACACUGGAGAAAACAUGUUCAAAUGUGAUCAGUGUGGAAAGAGCUUCAGAUAUAAAGCAACAUUGAACACCCAUUUGAGAGACCACACUGGAGAAAACCCGUUCGUAUGCGAUCAGUGUGGAAAGGGCUUCAGAAGUAAAGUAAAUCUUACAAUGCACAAAAGAGUUCACAUUGUUCACAAACCAGAUGGACCUGAAAUGUCAGUUGCAAUCCCAUCAGUAGCACACUGUUUUCUAUUAAAAAAGUAAUAUACUGUAGAAAAUCAUGCAUUCUGGUCAUUAUCUUCUAAUUUCUGUGUUGGCAAAAUUACUGUGAAUCAAAGGGAAUGUAUUGUGGCCAUUUUAUCUAGAUGUAAUAUAACAGGCAUCCCCAAAAUGUGUGUUAUUCAGCCCAGAAUACCCCAUAGAUCAUUUAUUAUUUCACUCUGAGAAUUACCAUUUUUGAGUGGAAGAAAAAACAUGCUAUUUCUGUGCUUUUCUUUAAAUUUAAAUGAGCUGUUGUUCCCCACAAACCUUCCUAGAAUAAGGUUAUGUCUUACAUCUUGGAUAAUCUGGCAAAAUAAAACACAUGUUUGUUUUGGAUUA